UACAUGUAACUUUACAAUGAUUGCAAAAAGUUCUGAAAUACACAGCGAAAAAAAAGGUUUAGUGAAUUCAAGUUCAUUCCAACCAAAAUAAGUGCAAAAGUAUGCGGGCAAAAACAAUUAAAAUUCUGCUUUUGAUGAAAAAGCUCUUUGAACGUGCUUCCUCUCUUGAGUGCUUGUCUUUAUCAUACAAAGUCCGAGCUUUUGAGGUUAAGUGUUUGUUGACAAAUUAAGACAGUUCACUAGAAAUGAAUUAGUUGGCUCUCUAAAUUCGUGCAUUUGGCGAAAUAUCAGUAGUAUUAAAGGCUCUAAAUGAUCAAUUGACAAAGUAGACUGUUUACUCAUAGUGAUGGAGCACAUAUUUACCGUUACACGACGGCCAGUCCGCAUCAACAACCAUUCAAAGUAUUCACUCUUCAACAGUUGCAGAUUUGAAAAAUCGGUAAUUUGCUCAAUAUCCUGUAUCAACGUAAUCGCCUUUAGCACCCAGAGUAACAUCGAAGAGAACAGUUCGUUUUUCAGCUCCAACGUGUAUGUGGCGGACUUAAACACCCCUUGGCAAGUGCACAAAAUAUUGUGCAACUCUGCUCCUGUAACGGUACUGCAAUGGGAUUUCACUGGGAAACUGCUGUUGAUUGGAGAUGAAAACGGUUGCACGCGAAUUUACACAACUCCAGACCAUAUUUUAAACGACUGGCAAUUGUAUCUGGAAGUGCCUUUGGAGGGCGAGCACAUUCUCGCUGCUGCGUUCUUCCAUCCAGGGAAAAAGAUCUGUCUCAACACUGAAAAGAAGGACAGUUCUUGCUACUUCGAUAAGUUUUCACAUGUGAAAUUUGCGUGCUCAGUCAAACAGUUCGGAGGCCGACCCUCCAGUGGCGUGCUCCUACUCACCACCACUGGAAUGUUGGCUGCAGUACUUUUGCCCCAAACUACCACGCAAACGCCCAUGGUAAUGGCAACGGAAUGCCUGGGCCCUUCCAGGGGAUUUAUCAAGAAUGCGGAUAUUUGCUAUGGCAAAAAUGGGCAUUUUCUCAUUGCAGUGAGCAGUGGAGAUCCUUCUAUGCCAGUGCAAUGCUACACGGUUUCAGUGAAGAAAAUUGAUGAUAAGUGCAUCAUCACCAGCCAGACUUUACUGGCAUUUUUCCUAUUCGAAGCCCCCAAGGAGGCUUUAAAGCAAGUGAUUAAGGACAAGAACUGCACAAUUAGCCACAUUAAGUGGAUUAUGCGGGAAGAUGCGGAUUCUAUAGUAGUGGCUGCUAACAGCAACAACCAAAGCUGUUUGCAAGUGUGGGAGCUUCGAGAAAAGCCACUGCCUGUGCAUAAGUCCUUUGGAAACACUGAAUCCUCGCAGUUUUUUAAUCGAGUGGUUUGGCAAUACCAAUGCCACUUCCAAUACAGCAGCAAAGUGACCGCACUGGAAAUCAACAAAUUGAGCCUGAUAAACAGUGUUUCCAGUGGCUAUAUUGUGGUCACCUUUUCCGAUAAUACUGUCCACUGUUUGUAUCGGGACACGCUCAAACCCAUCGCCAGCACCUCCCUGGCAAUAGCCAGGCAACUUGAGGAGCCGCUCAGCAAAGUUCCAAGGCUAAACACUAAAAUCGCUAGUAUCGACUUGUCUUGGCUGGGCAACGUGCUUCUGAUCAUGGACUCUGAUGAUAACUUACACCUGCUGAAACUUCCUCCGCAGAUCGAAAGCACCGCACUCAGUGUCCCCUACUUUACCACUGUUCUGGAAUACUGUCUGAUUGGUGGGUUCGACUGGCUGGAUCUGAUGCUAGUUUUGCGACCCAGUAUGAUAGAAGCCGUGUGCGAUCGGCUAACUGAAAGCUUCAACAGACAACCGGGAUUUGUGCAACAGUUCUUCUACAUCCAGUUGCUUUGCAUCAAAGUUUCCCUCUACAGAUUAAGCGCUAACGGGCAAUCCAAGGCAAACGAUUUAUCGAGUUUUCUGAUGCUGCACAGCAUUUCGAUUGCGUUUAAAAGCCUGUUGCGCCCCAGCGAAAUGAACACUCCGGAAAAAAGCCCCGCUGAAUCCCUUGCAGCCGAAGCUGAAGGGCAAACGGACGUUGAUAAAGUGCUAAUGAACUUGGAAGCCAAAGAGUUCACGAUAGAGCCAUCGACAUUGCAGAGUCUGCAGCAGCUGAUCCAGUGGAUUGCCGAUCUGGCUUUGAACUUGCUGGUAAAGGUACCGGAUAGUCGACCGUCCAUUGGCAAGCCUUAUGAGCUGAUUAAGGACGUGAAGGCGUUGAAUAUGCUGAAGGAAAUGCUGGUUUUGAUACGGAUUUGGGGCCUGCUUCGGCCAGCAUGUUUACCUGUGUUCAUUCGAUCCGAUGCCAAUAUGGACGUUUUGGCUUUGCUGUUUCGGCUUCUGAGUCGGCUGGUGCAGAAUGUGAAUGAACCUGAUGACGCUCUAGUUGAUGAUUGCUGCCUUUUACCGAGCCAAGUUCAAGUGCAGCAAAUGCAGGCCUUCAGCAACCGGACAGUGUUGGCCUCUCCGCAGUUUUCGCAGCUGAUUCUUCCCCUUCAGUUGGAAUUCAAUGUGGAACCGGAAUGUUUGACUGCACCAGGCGACGUUAGUUCAAAUCAGACCAUCGACUCCAUUCGGCAUUUGUAUUUGGGGAAGAAUCCCCGUGUGGUUAAGCAAUGUGUCCGAUGUGGAAAUUCCGCUGGGACGACGCCGCUGGCCAGAACCGCAGCCAUAAGGGCUUGGGAUCAACGAUGGUCCAGAUCUUGCCAGUGCGGCGGGCAAUGGAAACUGCAGGUGUGCGUUUAAAGUCGGAAGUCAAUUAUCAUCUACACAGAAUGUAUUAUUUUGUAUUAUUAUUAUACACAAAUUGAUAUUGUAUGUACAUUUUCAUAAUUAUGUAAAUAAACGACUUUUACAUAAGCA